AGCAUUGAGAGAAAGAAAGAGAAGGUGGGGGAAACGAUCCCUGCAGGAAGUGACGGUUGCUAUGGCGACUAUCCGGCGACUUCCGGGUUAGGGGAGGAGGGGUGGCGCUCUCGGGGUCCCUUUCUCUCUGUUGCCGCCGCCGCCGUUGCGGCAGGGUCCCGUUGCCAUGGUGCCCAGCAAAUGUCGGCCUGCCGCCGGGGGUAGGCCACCACACGCCGUCUCGGCAAGCAAUUAUGGGCUUCAGCUGGUUCUCCAAAGUACAUCAGUAGCAGAAAGAACGAAACCUCUUGAGUUCAGAUUACACAAAGAGCAACCGUAUCUUCAUAACAGGUUCUUGCAGCAUGAUCUUGAAAAGAAUUAUUCAGGGAAACUGGAUGGAAGAUUAAGUCCUUUAUCACGCAGUAAAAAGUUGUACGCCCCUGUAGCGCCUAAUUUUGCAGACAUUCCUGGUCUGGAGAUGAAAUACGGUGCAGGCUCUCUGGCAGCAUUUGGAGAUUGCUCCUUUCCUACGCCUUCGAAAUACAGAAUUCAACAGGCUUGUCAUAGCACUGGUUCAAAUAUUUCAGAUAAUAUCACUUAUGGGAACACUGCUUUUCCUCUAGUGCACCGUAGUACAGAAGAGAAAAUGCAGCACUCUGACAGGCUGACCCUUGAAAGGCAAAAGCUGACUGUUUGCCCAAUUAUUGAUGGAGAAGAGCACCUUCGUCUGCUGAGCUUCCAGCAUAACUGCAUAACUCGGAUCCAGAAUAUUUCUAAUUUGCAGCAUCUUAUUUUCUUAGAUUUGUAUGAUAAUCAGAUAGAGGAAAUUAGUGGCCUUUCUACACUAAGGUCCCUCCGUGUCCUUUUGUUAGGAAAUAACAGAAUAAGGAGAAUAUCAAACCUGGAUAACCUUGUAAGCCUUGAUGUCUUGGAUCUUCAUGGAAAUCAGAUUGGUAUAAUAGAAAAUCUCAGUCAUUUAAGUGACCUCAAAGUGUUGAAUCUUGCCCGGAAUUGCUUAACAUACAUCGAAAACCUCAGUGGACUGGAUUCAUUGACAGAACUUAAUCUUCGAUAUAAUCAAAUCAGAUUUAUGAAAGAUGUGGAUACUUUGCCCUGCCUCCAACGUCUGUUCCUCAGCUUUAACAAUAUAUCUAGUUUCGAUGACAUUCUGUGCCUUGCUGAUUCUGCAUCCCUUUCAGACAUCACCCUAGAUGGCAACCCAAUAGCGCAAGAGACAUGGUACAAGCACACUGUUCUCCAUCAUAUGAUGCAGCUUCGACAGCUCGACAUGAAGAAAAUCACAGAAGAAGAAAGGCGCAUGGCAUCUGUUGCAUUACGAAAAGAGGAAGAGAAGAGGCGUGAAAGCCACAAGCAGACCUUAUUGAAGGAGAAGAAACGGUUAACUAUUAGCAAUAUUGCCCGUCAGUGGGAGAGCCAACAGAAUCGUUUUGCCCUUCCAACUUCCAGCCAAGAGAACAACAAAGACAAUGAAUCGUGCCCAAACAACAGAAGUGAUCCAUAUGCAUUUCCCGAGGAAACCAGGUCUCUUGAUUCACUUUUGAACAAAGCUCCACAAGGGCUGUCUGUCCUAGACUCACACUUGGUAGAAAUAGAAGGUGACACUCUCUACUUAUAUGGUUCUGGAGCUCUCGAAUCUCUGGAUCGAAACUGGAGUGUUCAGACAGCUGGAAGUAUCACCACAGUCUUCUUUAUUUUCAUAGACUUUGAUGAAAUUGUUCCAGUGUUACCAAAACUGAGGAUCAAAUUUUCCAAUUCUCUGCACUUGAAAUUUAAGGAGACCAACCUUGUCAUGUUGAAACAGUUCAAUGCUCUAGCGCAGCUUCGCCGCCUUGAGCAGUUAACAGUUGACGCUCAGGGAAAUCCAGUCAUCAAGUUUUCCCUGUGGAAGUAUUACGUUCUGUUUAGACUGGGCCAUUUUAACCUGCAAAAAAUAAAUGGGACAGAGGUAACACAGAACGACAUGGUUAUGGCCGAAAAACUCUUUGGUGUCUUAGCCUAUGUAGCAUCUUCAGACGUUCCCUAUUGCCGCCUACUUUCGUUGCUUGGAGAUUGCAGGAAGAAACAAUUGUGUUAUCUUUUGGAGGCAAAGGGGAAGAAAUUGGGGAGCGCAAGUGAGGAUGGCCACGACCGCCGAAAGCUGGGAGGAGAAAAUGCCAGUAGGUUGACUUUGAAUUACACCACAAGAGAUUCCCAGACAGAAAAGUUGGAGGAAAUGAAGGAAAGGAAGGACUUCUGCCAUUCCUACAUCCAAGACUUAGUGAAGGAAGCAGCUGACAUAAAUAUGAAAAAUGAGUCCUUGCAGAAACUCUGGCCUCAAAUGUUCAUUGAACUCGUCAGGGACGCAGUCAUCGAGAUUCGCAAUAAGGAUUCCUACAGGAAGCUCUGCUUACAGCGGAUCGCCGAUCAAAAAUCAUAGAGUUAUGGCUUUCCCUGCACUUCAGUAGCACACUGUAUUUUUCACAAAGGUCUAAAAUGGUUUAAAAAUUACCAUCCUAGAACAUUGGGUUUUUUUUAAUAUAUAAAGGUUGCCUUGAAGAAACCUCGCUUACACAGUAAAAUGUUCCCUCUUUCACAUUUCCAGAUGAAUUUCUUUUUCUUUGUUCAAUUAUACACCAAUGUGAGUAUAUAUAUAUUGGCUUAAAGCAGCAAUAUGCAGUUCCGUUUGCAUCUGUGCCAUGGUUUACUGACUCCUCUCCUUUUUGUUACUGAUGCUGCUAUUCUUUGCGUGCCAGAGUUCUCGUAUUAAGGGAAGAAACCCCACUCUCUCUUGCCCUUAACCUUUCAUUUGUUUUCCUCAUUUGACACUCUUGUUGCUCGAGUUGGGGUUGGGGUGGAAUUUCUCAGUCAAAAAUUCUGGAUUUUGAGGACUGAAAAAUAAAUAAAUUAUUCUGUUUA